ACAAGUGUAAGGCUCCCUAUAUUUGACGCCUGUCCCCAACCUUCUACUUCUGUCGGAUAGAUAGCGCCAUGAGUCUCUUUAGAAUGGUUCUAAUAAGCAUCGGAAGAGUUACAGUUCUACUUUGUGUGUGAUUUAUGACCCUGAGACAGUUUUCCGUUUAGUAAUUUUUGUUGUUCUACAAAACUGCCAUGGAACCAAGGUUUGAGAGAGGUUUUACACUUCAAGAGGCUUUGGAAAUUGCCUAUAAUGAAGAUAUAGAUGAAAUAUUUAUUGAACCACCCGAUGCAAGCGUCCUGACUGAUGUGGACUCGGGAGAUGAAGAUGGGGGUGGAUUUGUGGACAACCUAUCUGGAGGACAACUUCGAGCUCAAGCUGAAGUAAAACUUCUGGACAAUAAUAGAAUUGGUGGAUGCACUUCUGAUGAUCAAAUACUUUCGCAAGAGAGUGCUCUGUCACAGCGAGAUUCACCUAUAUUGCACAACAUCAUGCCACAAGUAAACGUUUCAGCUAAGUUAGAAGAAUUCCAAUGGAUCCAGGGCGAUUUGGAGCCAAGUCGCCAAAGUUUUCCAGAUGGUAAUCAUUUGCAGUAUCAAAACUUGUCUCCGGUACAGUUAUUUGAGAUGUUCAUUGAUGACGAAGUUCUGUCUAUUUUGAUUGAGGAAACCUCUAGAUAUGCCUUGUUCAAAAACUGCCCUGAUCCACGUGUGACUACUGAAGAGAUGAAAUGCUACAUUGGAAUACUCAUUCUUAUUGGGUAUAACGAUUUACCAGGAAAGAGGUUUUACUGGGACUCGGACAGCGAUGUGAGAAACGAACUCGUAUACAAUUCAAUGCGUAGAAAGUGUAAAAAGUGCAAUGUCGGACUUUGUAUUGACUGUUUUUUCAUAUUCCAUACUGUAUAGGUGUUACCUGACCCUAAAAUAAUGUAUUUAUAAUAAAUUUAAAUAAACAUAUGUAUGUAAAAAUUUUCCGUCAUAAUAUUUCCAAAACUGGGUAGGCAAACCGCCUAGUGUUACCAUAUGGUCACA